AUGGACAGCCCCGACGCCACUAGACCGGCCUCCGAAGCCACGGACUUCUUCGCCAGCCCAUCCGACCCAAAUGGCGACAAGAAGAGAAAGCUAGGUGAAGAAAAACCAGAGGACACAAAACCAGGAUCAGACCGCCCAGUCUCCAAGCGCAAGCGUCUCGAAGAACGGCAUCAGAAGCUACGCAAACGUGGCCGGACACCCCCCUCUGCUUACGCACGACGCGAUGCAGAUGAGAACUCGGGCCGCAGUCGUGAUACCCCGAAAGAUCGCUCGCCUUCGCCGCCUCCGAGAGCGCCUACUCCUGAAGCGCAAACGCGGCAGCGCAAGCGGCCGGGUGGUGGUGCGAGGAUGGGGCUUGUUGAUCGUGAGACGAUGCGGCGGAGACAAGAGGAGCGGGAGCGUGCUCAGGAGCAGGAUGCUAUGCGGACGUCUCAUGUUCGUGGGAUGACAGAUGUUGUUCGUCAACAUUAUAAUACGGUGCCGCAGCGAGGAAAGGAAUGGCGGAAGACGGAGAGUAAAAUUAAGGGCCUGCGGAGCUUCAAUAACUGGAUCAAGAGUACUUUGAUUCAGAAGUUCUCUCCGGAUGAAGAAUUUGUCUCGCGUUACAAUGAUGCCAAGGACUGGGCGGAAGGCACCGGGCCAAUGCCGAUGGAUGAAAAACGUCUUCUAGUGGUCGACUUGGGUUGCGGCAAAGGAGGCGAUCUGGGCAAAUGGCAGCAGGCUCCGCAACCAGUGGACCUUUAUGUUGGUCUCGACCCAGCGGAUAUAUCUAUCGAGCAAGCCCGUGACCGCUACAGUUCGAUGAGAAAUGGCCGCGGUCCGCGCGGACGUCGCGGCCCACUGUUCCAUGGCGAGUUUAUCCCCAAGGACUGCUUCGGAGAGUACUUGGGCGAUAUCCCCAUCAUCCAGCAGGUCGGGAUCGACCCAAAUGCAGGCCCGGGAGGUUCGGUUAUGAGCUCACGAUGGGGCGGUGGUGGCUUCGACGUGGUCGCAUCGAUGUUCGCAAUCCACUACGCUUUCGAGAGCGAAGAAAAAGCACGCCAGAUGCUUCGCAAUGUCGCCGGGUUGCUGAGAAAGGGUGGUCGGUUCUUGGGCGUGUGUCCCAAUUCGGACGUCAUCAGCACACAGGUGGCCCGAUACAACACGAAGCGCAAGGAACGCGAAGCAACCAAGCAGGAGAAACCAGAGGACCCUGAAGAUGGUGAGGUCGAAGAGGAUGACAACAAACCGGCGUGGGGGAACAGUAUUUACCAAGUCCGGUUCCCUGGUCCUGCACCUGAUGAUGGUGUCUUCCGACCACCGUUUGGAUGGAGAUACACCUAUUUCAUGGAAGAAGCUGUAGAGGGAAUUCCGGAAUACGUCGUGCCCUGGGAAGCUUUUCGAGCUCUGACCGAGGACUAUAACCUCGAACUCUCCUACCGCAAGCCAUUCCUGGACAUCUGGAAGGACGAACAGAACGAUCCUGAAUUGAGACCACUCAGCGAACGUAUGGGAGUGCGGGAUCGAGAGACUGGUGCUCUGCUGAUGACGGAGGAGGAGAAGGAAGCAGCCAGUUUCUAUCACGCAUUCUGCUUCUACAAGGUUUAA